UGCGAGGAUCUCAUAGGGUGUUUGAUAUCUUGCUUCUUUUUCACAAAGACUGACCCUGAACAGCAACGAACACAGCAGUGCGGUGCUUUAUAGAACAUAUAUAACUAAUUUUAAUUAAGAACUUUAAGUUUCAAAGGUGGUCAUCAGAAUACAUAGCGGCCUUCUGCAUCCCCUUGUUCCGAAGGCUCCGUGCUAAUUACCUGUCCGUCUCAAUGGGAAACAGAUCAUAGGCAUCAUGUGCCGUGCGGCACCAAGUGAUACUCGUUAGCGUGGUGGUACAGAAGGUAUGUACAGAAGACUCGGGCGGCGAAGACCUUCAUGAGGGCGCGGUGAAGUGCACUGGACCCCAGGCAUCAUGGUGGGGGGCCUGGGAGCGGCAUACUCUACGUGUGUCUGCCUCUCUCCAUGACCUUGUCCAUUGCAUCGAGGCAACAGAUGGGCGUGCGACCUUAUCUGUGGGUGGUGAUGGUGAUUGUGGUCACGUGGGCGGGAAGCUGCCGUGGCCACGCUCGUCUCAUUGAGCCGCCCUCCCGCGCCUCAGCCUGGAGGUAUGGCUUCGACACCCCCGCAGACUACAACGACAACGAGGGCUUCUGUGGCGGUUUCAAUUACCAGUAUCAGAUGCAGGGCGGCAAAUGUGGCAUCUGUGGCGACGCCUGGGACGAGGACCCACGCCCGCACGAGGCUGGGGGACUGUACGCCACGGGCACCAUUGUGAGGACCUACACCCAGGGGCAGGUCAUCCCCGUGGUCGUGGACGUCACCGCCAACCACAGGGGAUACUUCGAGUUCCGGAUCUGUCCCAACAACAACCCCAGCGUGGAGGCCUCCCAGACCUGCCUGAAUGAGCAUCCUCUCUAUUCGGCUGAUGGCUCGGUCUUCCAGCACUACAUUGACACCAACCUGGGAGAACACACGAUUGACCUGAGGCUUCCAGCAGACGUCUCCUGCACCCAGUGUGUCCUGCAGUGGCGUUACGUGUCGGGUAACAACUGGGGAGUCUGCGAGGAUGGCACGGGGGCAGUGGGAUGCGGCCCUCAGGAAGAGUUCCGCGCAUGCGCCGACGUUGCUAUCACGAGAACAGGGGAGAGUGUCAGUAUCACCUCGGCGCCACCCACGGCACAGCCAGGCACAUCGCCCUCCACCUUCACAACGAAUAAUGGGGGCACAACCACCACCACCAAAGCCACCACCACUACCACCACCACCACCACGACAACCCAGGGUGGCUCAGGGGUGUGCAGACCGGUGGGCGUUUGGCAGACAGUUCCGGGGAUGGACGAGUGGUGUGUCAAUAACUGCAACCACACCCCGCCCUACUGCCCGCCAUCACACUGCACGUGCGACUAGAUCCUCCUGCUCACCUUCACCCAGCAGACAUUCGCUUCUUCGCUGAUUAUUCAAAUCUCA